AUGCCCGAACCUCUCACAAUCGCUGCUGGCGGUGCCGGGGUUCUGAAAGUUGCUGGCGAAGCAGCGCGCAGCGUGGUCGCUCUCAGUCGCGCACCAGAGGAGGUGGAUGGCGCCGCCAAUGACGUCCAGGCUUGUCAGGACAAAGUGAACGAGCUUAUCAAGCUCCGCAGCAAGCACAUCAAUUUCCUCGAAAAAGAUCCAGAUCAUCUCAGAGCUGUGGACUCUGCUAUCGACAAUGCCCGUGCAGCCCUUCGAGAAGCCAAGCCAGUGGUUGAACGCAACACAACUAGAGCAAACAGAGUCGGAAAAAUCAGCAUCAGCCGCCUCAUACGCCCCAUUCAAUGGAGCAUCAAAGACCGCGAGACAUACAAACUCCGAUGGGAAGCUAUGCGACGGACUGACUGCGAAGUCCAGGUCCAGAUCACCAGGCUGACGACUUACCAAGAUGUUAUGGUCGGGAUACGCAACUCCCGGAAUGAAAAGGAGGGAGAUAGCCACUCGGAGGAGGAAUACUUGAAUGCUAAGCGGGCUCAAAGGGUAAAGGGUCUUGCGGCCUUGGGUCCGGUGAUUCAUGAGGCGGAGGUUACCCCGACCCCCUGA